CGCCGGCCAAGACGGCGCUCCCCGGUUGGCCCCGCGGCUGCCCGGCAACGGCGGCGGCGGCGCGGGGAGCGGGGCCGUGCCGGGCCGUGCCGAGCCGUGCCGGGCCGUGCCGCAGCCAUGUCGGUGCGGACGCUGCCGCUGCUGUUCCUCAACCUGGGCGGCGAGAUGCUCUACAUCCUGGACCAGCGGCUGCGCGCCCAGAGCAUCCCGGGCGAGAAGGCGCGCAAAGAUGAAUGGACAGAUGUGGACAGGAAACGAGUCAUGAACGACAUCAUCAGCACCAUGUUCAACAAAAAAUUCAUGGAGGAGCUGUUCAAGCCCCAGGACCUGUACUCCAAGAAAGCCCUGCGCACCGUGUACGACCGGCUGGCUCACGCCUCCAUCAUGAGGCUCAACCAGGCCAGCAUGGACAAGCUCUACGACCUCAUGACUAUGGCCUUCAAAUACCAAGUGCUGCUGUGCCCCCGGCCCAGGGACAUUCUGCUGGUCACCUUCAACCACCUGGAUGCCAUCAAGGAUUUCAUCUCCGACUCCCCUGGCAUUCUGAACCAGGUGGAUGAGACCUUCCGGCGGCUGAUCGAGACCUACAACUGUCUCUCUGAUGGUGAAUUCCAGCUCAUCAGACAAACACUUCUCAUUUUCUUCCAGGACAUGCACAUCAGGGUCUCCAUCUUCCUGAAGGAUAAAGUGCAAAACUCCAACGGUCGCUUCGUGCUGCCAAUCUCAGGGCCUGUCCCGUGGGGCACAGAGGUGCCAGGGCUCAUCAGGAUAUUCAAUCACAAAGGAGUGGAAGUUAAAAGGGCUGAGUUCACCACUGCUGGGAAUUAUGUCACUCCACAAAGGGAAGGAUCUUUUGAGCUUUAUGGAGACAGAGUCCUCAAACUUGGAACUAAUAUGUACAGCGUGACCCGGCCAGUGGAGACACACAUGUCAGGCUCAUCCAAAAACCUGGCAUCCCAGGCAAAGGAGAACAUAGCUCCCAACCCUCUUGCUAAAGAAGAGCUGAACUUUUUGGCCCGGCUGCUGGGAGGUUUGGACAUCCAGAAACCCGCUGGAGGCGAGUCGGGAUUUCGGCUGAACUUGUUCACCAGCGACGAGGAGGAGGAGCACGCUGCACAGACCAGACCAGAGGAGUUGUCCUACAAGGUUAUCAACAUUGAAGCCACACAGGAGCCGGCGCGGCGGGCGGAGCUGUCCCGCAUCCUGGGCGAGCUGGACGUGGCGGAGCCGCGCCCGGGCAGCGCCGAGAAGGGCGAGGACCUGCUGGCACUGAUGGACGGGCUCUGAGCGCGA